GCCAGUGGGAGUGUAGCAGUGAGGACGACCAGAGGUCAAACUCAUUGCCAUCUUGGUUUUCGUGGGUCUUGACCGGCUUCUUUACUGCAAUCUGUUUUAUCAGCAACAUCCUUAUGACCUGUAUUUUGUGCUGACCUCAUCCUGUGAUUUAGAUGGCCUGACCCUCGGGAAUGCAGCCUAGCAGAUCUCAGCCUUAUUUUACCCAGCCACUAUUCAAGAUGGGGUUGCUCUGGUUCAAAUGCCUCUUGACAGUCUUUCUUUCCUUUUCUUUUUUCUUUUUCUUUUUUUUCUUUUUUCUUUCUUUUUUUUUUUUUUUUGGAGAGGUAGUUUUGGUUGUCACCCAGGCUGGAGGGCCACGGCAUGAUCUCGGCUCACUGCAACCUCCGCCUCCUGGGUUCAAGCGAUUCUCCUGCCUCAGCCUCCCAAGUAGCUGGGAUUACAGGCACCUGCUACCACGCCCAACUAAUUUUUGUAUUUUUAGUAGAGACGGGAUUUCCCUAUGUUGGCCAGGCUGGUCUGGAACUCCUGACCUCAGGUAAUUCGCCCGCCUAGGCCGCCCAAAGUGCUGAGGUACAGGCGAGAGCCACCGCGCCCGGCCCGGCCGACAGUCUUUCUUCCGUAAUACGAUACAAACUAGUAAAGAUUUUCUUUUUCCCCUGGCGGAAAAGAGCUGUUAGGCUUCCAGAUUUGUUUUUGUGGGUUAUUAGACCUCUACUUUUCUUCUUGGUAUUUUCCCUCCCUCAUCAACUUUGUUUGUUGUCUCAAAUAGGCAAUGAGGAAGACACAGGUGUUUAUUAUUAUUAGAAUGCUCUUUCCAUUUGGUCAGUGGUUUCUCAAAGCAGGAGGAAUUCAAGUUCUGAGUUUCUAAAGUCAGGACCCGGUGCCGCACCCUACGUGGGCGUGGGGAGUGGCUAAGUCAGGGUCUGAGGGGCAGGGCCGGAGCCUGGCUGCGAGCUGGGGCCGGGGGACUCGGAGGAGCGGGGACCCAGCCCCGCCGCGCCGCCUGCAGCUUUCCCCAGCCUCCUCCCAGCAGAGGGGAGGCCCGACAGGGAGGGGUCCCAUCCUCAUGAACGGUCACAAACAGGGCGCUAGGGAAGCACGCCCGGUCCCCGCGGUCCCCGCGCUCCAGGAUUCGGCAGACUGCGCGCGUCCUGCCUCCCGCGGAUCGCACUGGGUCCCAACAGGGUUCCCAGCUCCAGACAGCACCCAUGAACAAGCCCAGCAUUGCGGACGGGCGUGCGCAGACGCCAGCGUGGUGGAGACGCGGGGGCGCGCGCGCGGCGACGAGACUGCCAGGGGACGCUUCGCAACACCGAGAGUCUCAGCGUUUCUCGAGAUAGGUGAGGCUGCGCGUUCCGGAACUGGUUUCCCGGAAGGAGUAUGUCUGCGCCCGCGAUCCGACCGGAAGUUGCACGCUGAGCCGCGGACACGAUGCAGUCGGAUGAUGUUAUCUGGGAUACACUAGGAAACAAGCAAUUUUGUUCCUUCAAAAUAAGAACCAAGACUCAGAGCUUCUGCCGAAAUGAAUAUAGCCUGACUGGACUGUGUAAUCGGUCAUCCUGUCCCCUGGCAAAUAGUCAGUAUGCCACUGUUAAAGAAGAGAAAGGACAGUGCUACUUGUAUAUGAAGGUUAUAGAACGAGCAGCUUUUCCUCGGCGUCUCUGGGAACGGGUCCGGCUUACUAAAAACUAUGAGAAAGCACUGGAGCAAAUAGAUGAAAAUCUGAUUUACUGGCCCCGUUUCAUUCGACACAAAUGUAAGCAGAGAUUCACCAAGAUCACCCAAUACCUAAUUCGAAUUAGAAAACUUACACUAAAGCGACAGAGGAAACUUGUUCCUUUGAGUAAGAAGGUGGAGCGUAGGGAGAAAAGAAGAGAGGAAAAGGCAUUAAUAGCUGCUCAGCUGGACAAUGCCAUUGAGAAGGAAUUACUGGAGAGACUGAAACAAGAUACGUAUGGCGACAUCUACAACUUCCCCAUUCAUGCCUUCGACAAAGCCCUGGAACAACAGGAGGCAGAGAGUGACUCUUCAGAUACUGAGGAAAAAGAUGAUGAAGAUGAUGAUGAGGAAGAUGUGGGGAAAAGAGAAUUUGUCGAAGAUGGUGAGGUAGAUGAGAGUGACAUAAGUGAUUUUGAGGAUAUGGAUAAACUGGAUGCCAGCAGUGAUGAAGAUCAGGAUGGUAAAUCCUCCAGUGAGGAGGAGGAAGAAAAGGCCCUUAGUGCGAAACACAAAGGCAAAACGCCCUUGAGAGGACCACUGCGGAGAAAACGAGCCUAUGUGGAAAUAGAAUACGAGCAGGAGACAGAGCCCAUGGCCAAAGCCAAAACCACGUGAUUUCCCUUUCAGCAUUUAUACCCAGGACUGAACAUGCAGAACUGUUGUUUUUUUUUUUUUUUUUUUUUUUUAUCUUAAACACAUACACACCUCCAGUUUUUGCUCUUUUGUGUUGCAUUGAACACAAUAUUUGUGUUUUUAUUAUUUAUGCCACGUCAGUGGGGCAAGAAAUCUGGAGUGAGUGAAGAAAGCUAAGUUGUGAACAAGAGUGUUUUUAUAGCAUAUGUGUUGAAGUAACAGCUUGUGCCUGAGAAACUUAACAGAUGAGUUCUUGAAUCUGGGAUGAGAUGACGGAUGUAAAUAUUUCUAAAUUUUAAAUGCUACAUUACUUGGUGUCCUUUUUUCUCCCAAACUUUAUUUAGAAAUGGAAGGAGUUCAAUUUUUUCUUGUUCUACUUUCCCUACUCUUAUGGAGGUAAAAGGAAAGAAAGAAGGAAAAAGCAGCUUUCACUUACAAAGUUUUGUGUAAAAAUAUCUUUUUUUCUUAAAUAACUCCAUUCAUACAAAUUGGGAUGGGAAGAAAAUCCUUUCCUCUUGGGAAAGUAAUACAAGUCUUAAGUUCCAUCGUAGGGUGCGCCUUCAGAAACCUGCUGCACUUUUCUGAUACAGUUCACCACUUUUCUGUCUUCACAGCUUUGGGGAAUUUUGGCCAGGAGACCCUGAAACAUGAAACCAAACAGGCUUUGAUUUUUUUUUUUUUAAUUACUUUUUUCCCCUUUUGCUUGAUUCUUCUUCCUUGGUAUCAUAUUCAAAGGAGGAAAGAAUGGAUGACACUUGGGGACAGGUCACUAAGCAGAAUAGGUAUUAGUUGGUUUUUUAUUAUUUUUAAAUUUAUAUAGCUCUCAUGUAUUGAAGGUGUUACUUUAAAAACUGUGUUAAUGUACUUGCAAAUCUGCUGGCUCACGAAACAGCAGAAUUCCAGCCAAGGCAAAUUCAGUUGGAUCUAGGGCUUGAAAACUGCCCAAGAUUAAAGAGCUAAGAUGAAAUAGUUUGAAUAAACUGGUAAAAUAACAAUUCAUACUAUCUCUACAUAUUUUUAGGAUAUGAAUUUUUUUUUCCUGCUGGGUAGAUUGUCCAGUGAGUUAUGGCAUGAAUUUCUUUUCAUGCUACCUUCAAUCUUCAACUAAAGAUUUCUAAAAGGGGUAAGAAAUGAGGCAAUAGUUUAUUAAAUACAUAGAAGUACACAGCUAUUAUAUGCUGUGGCUUUGAGAAGUUAACUUUUGUGGGAUAUGAAACCAAAGGAAGAAUUUCCAUGUAGAUAAAUUAAGAAUAGGGAAAAACAUCUACCUAAAAGAUGGUUGUCCCUAAAAAACUGGAAACAUCUGAAAUGCUCUAUUUAUGUUAUUAUUCCUGGGAGCUUAUAGCCCAUUAUUUUUACUUUUUUUGUUUUAAUUCAGAAGACUAGAACAGAACUUAAAUUUUACAAACUUUUGAUCAUAAUGCUUUUGCCCAUUCUGUCUCGUCCUUCGCCCCAGUGACACGUGCUGAUCCUCCUGCCUUUAGUUCUAAAUGGUUCUGAAUAGCUUUAAAAGAUGAAUAAGAAGAAAGAUCAAGCUCUUUUGAGGCUAGAGGGCUCAUAUGGAGAUCUAAAACCCUCCAUGUUCAUUUCCAGACUUGGUCAGGCACAUACAUAGUAAAUUAUAAUCAAUCAUGGGAAUUACAUAAGGAUAAUGAGGCCCAACUGAAACCAAGUUUCAGUCUGCCUUACCUUUACCCGUCCUUGAGAACAGCGGUCCAGGAGAAUCAGGCAGUCUGUGGCCUCCUGUAGCAGGGCGCUCUUAACAGACUCAGGUGUAAGGUUUGGAUCCCUUGCUACAUCACAAAUCAGUUUCAAGAGGGCCUUCAGUAAGACCACAAGUCUGCAGGAAACUCUGGAAUCAGGAAGAAAAGCUAUGUUCAUACUCUAAAUCUGGAUAUUAAAAUUGGAAGAGACUUCAAAGACUGUCAAGUGGAAAGCUAUCAUUUCCUAAAUUAAGGAACUUAGGUCAAAGUUAAAUGAAAAAGACCUAAAAGCAGAACCAAAGACAGCCUCUAGAUUUCUUACCCUCAAGUCUCCUGUUAGCAUACUGCCUAUACACACAGACACACCCUCUGCCACACUGCUCUCUUCCUUCCUUCCAGAAGCUUGGUUCUACUGUAAGCAACAGCUCCUUCAUGGGCUGAGAAGGGGAAACCAGGAUCUCCCCAAUCAAGGGCCUAUACUUUUAUUUUUCAACUCUAUUAACUGAACUAUGCUUGGAGAGAGCCCUGAAUCCUUUAACUUUAAUGCCAUCUUAGGCCUGGAAGUUAGAGUGAGGGAAAUGAGCUUGGCUUCUGGGACUUAGUGUCAAGUUGAAUUUUCUGUCAUUUAAUUUCAGAUCCUAGCUCAUCAUCAGUGAAGUCCAGCCUACUUACUUGUAACUAUUAACCUUUCUAAAAGUUUUCGUCGCUCUAGAAAUGGACAAUGCUAGUGACUGCACAAUAUUGUGACUGUACUUAAUGCCACUGAACUGUACACUUUAAAAUGGAAAAUUUAUAUGUAUUUUUACCACAAUAAACAAAAAACCCUAAAAAAACUUUAAUGAAAGGUGGAAAAUAAUUUAACUUAUAAUGUGAAAAACAAUGUGAAAUGUACAAUAAAUCAUAUUUAUGGACAGA